GUUCCCUGUACAAGUCCCACGGUGGUUUGAGGUCGCACUUUGGCAACUCGCUCUGGUUAUCUCGUGUGACUGACCUUAGCUCGGCGGAUAUCUGCAUCAACAUAAUACAAGUGAGCUACCUCUCUCAUUGUCAAUUAGUUUUAAGAUGUAACUCCAUGAAUAUUGACAGAGCUCGAAAGUUCAAACGUGCAUCCAGUUUAAAAGGAGGGAAAGAUAACGUUUAUUGCAAUAAUUGGAUGAUUCCAUUUUGAAGCAGGGUAAAGAUUAAAAUCACAAAAGGUUAUUUGAGGACUGUACGUAAAAAAGUAAAUUCCAUCCUCCGAUGUCUAUUUAUACAUAGUAACAAUUUGUGGUUGUUCUAAGAAAACACAUCAAAGGAGGGACUUGAAUUUUAGUGAAGAUAUUCAAAGACAUGAAGGGGCUUGUCUUCAUCGCUUUCCUCUCACUUCUAUUGAUUGGAAGUACCAUAGAGUCAAGACGUGAGCCAGGAGAUCGUAAGUGGAGAAAUGUGAUAAAAGAUGAGUCGAUAUUGCCUCAAGCAAAUAACUAUGAUGAUUCAAAGCCUCAUCUGGAGAGUGGAGAGCCUCUUUUUAAAGAUGUAAAACUUCAAUCAAACUUCUGGAACACUCGUGAAAGUGGGGAGCCUCUCUUUAAGGAUGUAAAGUCUCAACCAAAUUUCUGGUAUACUCGUGAAAGUAGAGAGCCACUCUUUAAAGAUGUAAAGCCUCAACCAAACUUCUGGAACACUCGUGAAAGUGGAGAGUCUCUCUUUAAAGAUGUAAAGCUUCAACCAAACUUCUGGUACACUCGUGCCCUUAGAGAGCCUCUCUUUAAAGAUGUAAAGUCUCAACCAAACUUUUGGAACAUUCGUGUCAGUGGAGAGCCUCUCUUUAAAUAUGUAAAGCCUCAACCAAACUUAUGGAAUACUCAUGAAAAUCAAGAGCUUYUCUUUAAAGAUGUAAAGCCUCAACCAAACUUCUGGAAUACUCAUGAAAGUAUAGAGCCUCUCUUUAAAGAUGUAAAGCCUCAACCAAACUUCUGGUACACUCGUGAAAGUGGAGAGCCUCUCUUUGAAGAUGUAAAACCUCAACCAAACUUCUGGUUCACACAUGAUGUUAAACCAGAAGAGUCGUCCUCCCGUGAUCAACAAAAACCUCUCUUUAAGCUGGAUAUAAAGCCUCAACCAAAUUUACCAAAACAAGUCAUUUAAGGAUAAGGAUGGGAAUGAGAAUCUUCAAAGUGAAGCCUGAAGACACAUUGAGUGAAGAGUACCUUAAAUGCUGCAAGCAAAUGAAGAAGAUUUAACCGUGAGAUUGGUGGAAUAGUACAUUGUACAUCUAGGCUUGCAUAAUGUUCGUUUUAUCUUGUGUGUGAUGUUCCUAGCCGAUCUUAAUUACGCAACUUGUGUGAUGUUUGUAUGAUAUGUUUUUCUUCCAAAUCCAUGUAGAAUUAUAAUAAAAGAACUCUCUCAAAGUUUCACUUUCCA